GGGAGGCAGGCGGUCCCUACCGCAGGCGCGGGGAGCUGCCUUUCCGCCCCUCUGCCUGCUUUCCAAGCCUGGGCUCUUAGGAGUGGCUGAAGCUGCCGAGCGCUUCAGGAGCCUGUGAAUGAACCCUCCUCCUCUUCCUCCUCCUCCUCCUCCUCGCUGAGUCUCCUCCUCGGUGCUGACGGUACAGUGAUAUAAUGAUGAUGGGUGUCACAACCCGCAUUUGAACUUGCAGGCGAGCUGCCCCGAGCCUUUCUGGGGAAGAACUCCAGGCGGGCGGGAGCAACAGCCGCGAACAUUAGGUGCUGUGGACAGGCGCUGGGACCGGGAUCUGCGGCCAGCCCCGCAUCCUCCUGCAUCCUUCAGCACCGUCCCGCACCCUCCGCACCCUUCCCCAGGCCACCGAGCUUCCUAUGUGACCCGCCCCGGCAACACCGAGCCCAUUCGCGCAGCGCUGCAGUGGUUUUUCCCCCAAACUGCAAUAAGCCGCCUUUCAAGAACAAGAUGUUGAUAAAUAUAAAGAGCAUCUUAUGGAUGUGCUCUACCUUAAUAGCAACCCAUGCACUACAUAAAGUCAAAGUGGAAGAAAGCCCACCUGUUAAGGGCUCCCUCUCUGGAAAAGUCAACCUACCUUGUCAUUUUUCAACCCUGCCUACCUUACCACCCAGUUACACCUCCAGCGAAUUUCUCAGAAUCAAAUGGUCUAAGAUUGAACUGGACAAGAAUGGAAAAGAUCUGAAGGAGACUACGGUUCUUGUCGCCCAAAAUGGGAAUAUCAAGAUUGGUCAAGGCUAUCAAGGAAGAGUGUCCGUGCCCACACAUUCCGAGGUCGUGGGUGAUGCCUCACUCACCAUGGUCAAACUGCGUGCCAGUGACGCGGGUCUCUACCGCUGCGACGUCAUGUACGGGAUUGAAGACACACAAGACACAGUGUCGUUGGCGGUGGAUGGGGUUGUGUUUCACUACAGAGCGGCGACCAGCAGGUAUACUCUGAAUUUUGAGGCGGCACAGAAGGCUUGUUUGGAUAUUGGAGCAGUCGUAGCAACCCCAGAGCAGCUCUAUGCCGCCUAUGAAGAUGGAUUUGAGCAGUGUGAUGCAGGCUGGCUGUCUGAUCAGACCGUACGGUAUCCCAUCCGGGCUCCCCGAGUAGGCUGUUAUGGAGAUAUGAUGGGGAAGGAAGGAGUCAGGACCUAUGGAUUCCGUUCGCCUCAUGAAACUUAUGACGUGUACUGCUACGUGGACCACCUGGAUGGUGAUGUGUUCCAUAUCACUGCUCCCGAUAAAUUUACCUUUGAAGAAGCUGAAGAAGAGUGUGAAAACCAGGACGCCCGGCUGGCGACAGUGGGGGAGCUCCAAGCGGCUUGGAGGAAUGGCUUUGACCAGUGUGAUUACGGGUGGCUGUCCGACGCCAGCGUUCGCCACCCUGUGACUGUGGCCAGGGCGCAGUGUGGAGGUGGUUUACUUGGGGUGAGAACCCUGUAUCGUUUUGAGAACCAGACAGGCUUCCCUCCCCCUGAUAGCAGAUUUGAUGCCUACUGCUUUAAACCUAAACAGAAUAUAUCAGAGGCUACAACCAUCGAACUGAAUAUCCUUGCAGAAACUGCAUCAUCCAGUCUUUCUGAAGAACUACAAAUUGUACCCAACAGAACAACACCAAUCAUCCCUCUAAUCACUGAAUUACCUAUCAUUACAACAAAGUCCCCUCCUGUGGGAAAUAUAGUCAAUUUUGAGCAGAAAACCACAGUUCAGGCUCAAGCUAUCACACACAGAUUAGCCACUGAAUCAUCCACACUUGCUGGGAGUACCAUGAAGCCUUGGGAUAUGGACUACUACUCACCUUCUGCUUUAGAACCACUUGGAAGGCCAGACAUACCUGAAAUUCAAAAAGAAGUACCUCAAAGUACAACUGUCAUCUCCCAUCAUGCUACUGAUUCAUGGGAUGGUAUCAGGGAAGACCUACAAACCCAAGAAUCAGUUACACAGAUUGAACAAAUAGAAGUGGGUCCCUUGGUAACAUCUAUGGAAAUCUCAAAGCACAUUCCUUCCAAGGAAUUGUCCGUAACACCAUUUGUGUCUACAACAAUGACCCUGGAAUCCAAAACUGAAAAGAAAACAGUAAGCACUAUUUCUGAAUCUCUGACCACAGGCCGCUAUGGAUUCACCUUGGGAGAAGAUGACAGUGAAGACAGAACAUUUACAGUUAGAUCUGCUCAGAGCACCUUGGUCUUUAGCCAAAUACCUGAGGUCGUUACAGUGUCAAAGACGUCAGAAGACGCUGCCUCCACUCCGCUAGAGGACAGGGAGCCAGCCUCAGCAUCUACAAUUCUUUCACCUGUAACUAUGCCUGACAGUGAUGGAUCAUCCACAGACAACUGGGAAGAGAAACAAACUAAUGGAAGGAUAACUGAAGAUUUUCUUGGCCAGUAUAUGUCCACCACACCUUUCCCGUCACAGCAUCAUACAGAAGUAGAAUUGUUUCCUUAUUCUGGUGAUAAAAGAUUAGUCGAGGGAAUGCCCACAGUUAUUUAUCCCUCUCCACAAACACAAAUGGCAGAAGGAAGAGAGAGAACAGAAACACUAAGUCCAGAGAUGAGAACAGAUACUUAUAUUGAUGAUGAGACACAGGAAAAGAUCACCAAAGAUCCAUUUAUAGGAAAAAUAGAGGAGGAAGGCUUUUCUGGAAUGAAGUUCUCUACAGCUUCCUCAGAGGAAAUUCAUCUUACAGAGUCUUCAGUGGAAAUGACUAAAUCUUUCGAUUCCCCAACACUGACAACAACAAAGCUAAGUGUAGUGCCAACAGAGGCAAGAGAUGUGGAGGAAGACUUUACGACAACACCAGCUGAAUUAGAAACAGACAGCUAUCAAGAUACUACAAAGUAUGAUGAGGGUAUUACAACAGUGCAUUUGAGCCACAGCACUUUAACUGUGGAGGUGGUCACUGUAUCAAAAUGGGCCUGGGAUGAAGAUAAUACAACAGCGAAGCCUUUAGAGUCCACAGAAGAGGCAGGCCCUCCAAAAUUACCCCCUGCCUUACUCACCACUACAGAAGUGAGUGGGAAGGAUAAAGAAAUCCCAAGUUUUACUGAAGAUAUAGGAGAUGAAUUUACUCUUAUCCCAGAUAGUACUCAAAAGCCACUAGAAGAGUUUACUGAGGAAGACACAACAGAUCAUGGGAAAUUCACAGUUGGAUUUCAGACAACUACAUUAAUUGGUAUUGCAGAAAAGCCGACUUUGAGAGAGUCUACAACUGAGGAAAGAGUUCCACCUAUCACAAGCAUGGAAGGCCAAGUUGUUUAUGCAACCACAGAAGGAAGUGCUUUGGAUGAAGGAGAAGAUAUGGAUGUCUCUAAGCUGGUAUCCACUGUCCCCCAAUUUGCCGACACUUCAGAUGUGGAAGGAUUAGCAUUUGUUAAUUAUAGUAGCACCCAAGAACCUCCUGCUUAUGUAGACAGCUCCCAUACCAUUCCUCUUUCUGUAAUUCCCAAGACAGAACUGGGAGUAUUGAUACCUUCUGUUCCACCAGAAGGUGAAGUUCUAGGUGGACCCUCUCAAGACAUACAUGUCAUUAAUCAGACUCGCCUUGAAGCAACGAUUUCCCCUGAAACUGCAAGAACAACAACAGAAAUUACACAGGGACCAGGUCAGGAAGAGCUCCCUUGGAAAGAGUCAACUUCAGAGAAACCAGUUCCUACUCUCAGUUCUACAGCUGCCAUGGCUGAGGAGGCAGCAACACCUGUGGGUAAACAAGAGCGUGACGGGCCACCAUAUACAGUCUCUGAAGAUAAGUUGGUGACAGCUUCUGAGAGAGUCCCAGUUGUCAAAACAACUCCAGUUGGAAAAAUUGAGCAUAGUAUAUCUUAUCCACCUGAUGCUGUCACGGAGCACAGAGCAAAAACAGAUGAAGUGGUCACACCAAGCAUGGGGCCAAUGGUGUCUUUGAGUCCAGAGCCAGAAGAGAAGUAUGAGACAGAAAGUGCUAGUCCAGGGGUAUUUGUAUCACCUUUCAGCACCCCUGUUACACAGCUUAUAGAGGAAACUACUCCCGAGAAAAAAGAGAAAACAUCCCUAGAUUAUACUGAUAUAGGCUCAGGAUUAUUCGAAAAGCCCACAGCCACAGAACUCCCAGAAUUUUCAACAAUUAAAGCCACAGUUCCAAGUGAUAUCACUGCUGCCUUCAGUUCAGUAGAAAGACUCCGCACAACCUCAGCAUCCAAGCCAUCCUCAGUACCCACUGAGAAACCACCUCUCAUUGACAGGGAGCCUGGAGAAGACACAACCCGUGACAUGGUAAUCAUCGGAGAGUCAACAUCUCGUGUUCCUCCCACUACCCUGGAGGAUGUUCUGGGGAAGGAGACAGAAACUGAUAUUGACAGAGAGUAUUUCACAACUUCAAGUACUCCCUCCCCUACGCAGCCAGCAAGACCGCCCACUGUGGAAGGCAAAGAGGCUGGCAGACCUCAGGCAAUUUCCACUCCAGAACCCCCAGCAGGGACAAAAUUCCACCCUGACAUUAAUGUUUUUAUUAUUGAGGUCAGAGAAAACAAGACAGGUCGAAUGAGUGAUUUGAGUGUAAGUGGUCAUCCAAUAGAUUCAGAAUCUAAAGAAGAUGAACCUUGUAGUGAAGAAACAGAUCCAGAGCACGAUCUAAUUGCUGAAAUUUUACCCGAGUUAAUUGAAAUAGAUCUGUACCACAGUGAAGAAGACGAAGGGGAAGACGAAGAGUGUGCAAAUGCUACUGACGUAACGACCACCCCAUCAGUGCAGUACAUUAAUGGCAAACAGCUGGUCACCACGGUGCCCAAGGACCCAGAAGCAGCAGAAGCUAGGCGUGGCCAGUUUGAGAGUGUUGCACCUUCUCAAAAUCUUUCAGACAGCAGUGAAAGUGAAACGCAUCUGUUUGUGGUAGCCGAUCCCGGAUUGUCUACUGCCGUGCAGCCUAAUGAAUCGCAAGAAACAACUGAGUCACUUGAACUUACGUGGAAGCCCGAUACUUACCCUGAAACACCCGAACAUUUUUCAAGUGGUGAGCCUGAUGUUUUCCCCACAGUCCCAUUCCAUGAGGGAGAAGCCACAGAGGGGCCAGAAUCGGUCACAGAGAGGGGGCCUGAACUUGAUAAUCUGAUCCAUGAACAUAUAGAACCUAUAUCUCUGUUUUCUGAAGAGUCUUCAGGAGAUGCUGCCAUUGACCAAGAAUCUGAAAAAAUGAUCUUUUCAAGAGCUACUGAAGGAACAUUUGGUGAAGAGGCAGAUAAAAGUACUUCUAUCACAUAUACUCCAAGUAUAGUUCCAAGUUCUGUGUCAGCCGAUGUUUCAGAGGAAGUAUCCGUUGCCUUCAUAGGAAAUGCCCUCCCUGAUGGCUCAUUGCCCACUGUAGAAAACUGGGUAGAAGUAACCCCUAGAGAAAAUGUAGAGCUCUCAGGGAGUCCUUCAAUCCCAUUUCCAGAAGGCUCUGGAGAAGCAGAAGAAGAUAAAAAUAAAAUGUUCACUGUGACAACUGAUUUAUCACAGAGAAAUACUACGGAUAUGCUGGUUACUUUAGACACCAACAAGAUCAUGAUCACAGAAGGUCUUUUUGAUAUUCCUGCAACGACCUUUUAUUCCAUUUCUCAACGACCUUCUGCAGAAGUCGUGCCUACCAAAUUUGGAGGGGAAACAGACACUUCUGAGUGGGUCUUCAGUACAGCUUUUGAGGGAAAGAAGAGGAAAGAUGAAGAGGAGGGAACCCCAGGUACAGCAUCUACAGUUCAGGUGCAUUCAACUACACAGAGAUUAGAUCAAUUGAUUUUACUCUCUGAAUUAGAAAGCUCAAGUGAAGCUACAUCUAGCGAUUCAUCAUCUACUACCAGGAACAGGUUUAUGUCCUCGACAAAACCCACAGAAUCUGAGAAGGAAAUGACAAGUUCUACUCUUUUCUUUACAGAAACGAAUGUUUUAGACGGUCUGGGGGCACAGACUGCUAAGCCCAGCAGUAGCAGUCAACCUGGGGUUCAGGGGGGGCUGUCCACUGUUCCAGGGAGCCCCGCCUCUCUCUCUAUGGAACUGGGCUCUGGGGAAGCUGCUGCUGAUCCAGAAACAGCCACUGUUUCUUCAUUUUCAUUAAGUUUAGAGUCUGAAAUUCCAACCAGAAAGGAGGUAGCUGGCACUCUGUCUCCCCAUGUGGAAACUAUAUUCCCUUUUGAGCCAACAGGAUUAGUUUUGAGCACUGUAAUGGACAGAGAGGUGGCUGAAAUUAUAAGCCAAACAUCCAAAGAGAACUUGAUUUCAGAGGUCUCAGGAGAACAAAAUCGUGGGCCAGAAAUAAAGGGCAUUUCUACAGAUUUUCCUUUGGAAGAAGAUUUCAGUGGUGACUUUAGAGAGUACUCAACAGUAACUUACCCUAUAGCAAAAGAAGAAACAGUAAUGAUGGAAGGCUCUGGGGAUGCAGCAUUUAAGGAUACCCAGAUUUCAUCAUCUGUGAUACCUACUUCAGAUCACAGCAACCACAGAGCUGACUCAGAAGGACCCAGUAGCACCUCUGUCAGCACUUCCGCCUUCCCCUGGGAAGAGUUCACAUCCUCAGCCGAGGGCUCAGGUGAGCAGCUGGUCUCGGUAAGCAGCAAGGUGGACCAAGUGUUUUCCGGUGCUAUGGGAAAUGUUUCUGGUACAGAUUCCCCAUUUAUUGACCAAGGAUUGGGAGAAGAAGGUUCUGUUAAUGAAGCCGAUAAAAGGACCAGCAUUUUACCAACAGCAGAAGCUAAAGGUACUGAAGCCGCAACACAAAAGGGAGAAGUGACAGUCAAUGGCACAGUUUCAGUGAACUUUCCCCAGACUAUGGAGCCAGCCAAAUUAUGGUCCAUGCAAGAAGUCAACCCUGUAAGGCAAGGAACUGAAAGUGAGACAGCAUCAGAGGAGAAGAUUCAAGAACCAAAAUCUUUUGAAUCCCCUCAAAGCUCUGUUGCACCAGAACAAACAAUUUUUGAUUCACAAACAUUUACUGAAACUGGACUCCGAGCCACAGAUUAUUCUACACUAACUGUGAAGAGAACUGACAGUACUGGUGAGGAAAUGGAGAAAGAAGACAUUUCCUUCGCUGAUGUGUCUACUCCAGAUCCAGAGGCAAAGGGCUUGGAACCCUAUACUGCUCUCCCUGAAGUUACCGAAAAAUCCCAUUUUUUCUUAGCUACUACCUCAGUGACUGAAUCUUUAUCAGCUGAAAGUGUAGUUACAGAUUCUCUAAUCCAAAAGGAGGAAACCCUAAAACCUUUUCCCAAAGUUGUGAGGCCCACAGUGAAAGAGUCAGAUACCGAUCUUUUAUUCUCUGGACUGGGAUCAGGAGAAGAAGUUUUGGCUACUACGGCGUCAGUGAAUUUUACUGAAAUGGAACAAAUCAUUACCACAUUCUCUCCCCAGGCUUAUCACAUGGAGAGUUUAGAAACCAGCCUCAUAAAUGAUACGACCAAAGACUAUGAGGAAAUGGAAGAUGUAGCAAAUGAAGUUAGACCACCCAUUUCCAAAACAGACAGCCUCUCUGAAGGUAUUGAGACAGUGUCCAGCCCAACCUUACUAGAAAUUUUAAGUGACACCAGAACUGAAGGACCUUCUAUGGUACCUCUCACUUUCUCCACAGAUACUGAACAUCCUCGAAAUCAGACCCAUGGUCGGGCAGAAGAAAUCCAGACUAGUGGACUACCACCAAUGACCGAACAAGUCUCUAACGAGAAUUCUUCAACAGCGGAAACAAAAGAAACGGCAUCACCUCCCUCUGAUUUUCUGGCUAGAACUUAUGGUCUUGAAAUGGGCACAGGAUUUGUUACAUCAGCACCAAAACCAUCUGACUUGCUUUAUGAACAUUCUGGAGAGGGAUCUGGGGAAUUGGAUAUGGUUGAUUUAGUCCACACUUCUGGAACUACGCAGGCAACCAGGCAAGGAAGCACCACAUUUGUUUCUGAUAGAUCCCUGCAAAAACAUCCUGAGGUUCCAAGUGCUAAAGCUGUUACUGUUGAUGGAUUCCCAACAGUUUCAAUGUUGCUGCCUCUUCAUUUAGAGCAGAAUGAAAGCUCCCUUGAUCCAACUAGCACACUGUCAAAUACAAUGUCAUACACGAGGUCCACAGAAGAUGCUGCAGAUCGUUUCCAAGACCAUCUCAGAGGAUUUGAGGAUUCCACUGUAAAACCUAACAGAAGAAAAACCACUGAAGACAUCAUUAUAGAUCUGGACAAAGAGGACAAAGAUUUAAUAUUGACAAUUACAGAGAGUACCAUCCUUGAAAUUCUACCUGAGCUGACAUCAGAUAAAAAUACUAUCAUAGAUAUUGAUCACACUAAACCUAUAUAUGUAGACAUCCUUGGAAUGCAAACGGACAUAGAUCCAGAGGUACUAUCAGGACCACAUGGCAGUAGUGAAGAAAGCACUCAAGUUCAAGAGAAGUAUGAGGUAGCUGUUAACCUUUCUUUAACUGAAGAAAACUUUGAGGGCUCUGGUGACCCUCUUCUGGCUAACUACACUCAGACAACACGUAAUGAAUCAAUACCUUCUGAAGACAGAAGCCACUUAGCUCCCGUGGGCUUUACCUUCACAACUGAGCUCCCUGUUCCUAGCAUAGAAACAGAAUUAGAUAUUUUGCUUCCCACAGUGACAUCCCUGCCCCUUCCUAGUACAUCUGCCACAGUUAAUCCAGAGACUGAAGAACCAAAAGUUGAAGCAAAAGCCCUGGAUGACGUCUUUGAAUCAAGUACCUUGUCUGAUGGUCAAGCUAUUGCAGACCAAAGUGAAGUAAUAUCAACAUUGGGCCAUUUGGAGACACGGGAUGAGUAUGAAGAAAAGAAACAUGUAGGUCCUUCGUUUCAGCCAGAAUUCUCAUCAGGAGCCGAGGAGGCACUGAUCGAUCCUACACCCUACGUAAGUAUUGGUACUAUGCACCUUAUGGCUCAGAGUUUAACAGAGGCACCUAACAUGAUAGAAGGAUCCAAUCCCUCAGAUUACACUGAUACAACAUCAGCAGUUUCAGCUUUUGCCAAGUUGUCCUCUCAGACACCAUCAUCUCUCCUCACUGUCUACUUAGGCAGUGGAGCCUCUGAACAUGCAGAGGACCCCCCGGCAAGCACUCUGCCUGGUACAGAUGCUGGCACAUCUCAGAGGUCUCCAGGAAAACUUGCAGAUAUUGAGGUGACUUUCACAUCAUUGACUGAAGAGCUCUUUCCCAUAACCGAGCCUCCAUCCUUAUCUCCUGACACUAGAUUAGAACCUUCAGAAGAUGAAAGUCAUCCUAAGUUAUUAGAACACAUGGAAGCUUCUCCCACAGAACUGACUGCUGAAGACGGAACUGAGAUUCUCCAAGAUUCCCAAACCCAAACCAAUAUUCGACUUUCUGAAGAAACAAUGAAGAGCAAUAUUCGAACCCCUGAGCCUGGAACUGUGGUUACAACCACAGGUGACAUUAAGUUAGAAGGUGCUACACUGUGGCCACAUUCUACUUCUGCUUCUGCAGUUUAUGGAGUUGAGGCAGAUGUCAUGCCUCAUCCCAGCCCACAGACUUCUGAGAGGCCCACCGUUCCUUCCUCUCUGGAAAUAAACCCUGAAACACAAGCAGCUUUGAUCAGAGGGGAGGAUUACACAGUAGCAGCAUCAGAAGAGAAAGUAUCGGCGAAGAUUCUUGAUUCCAAUAAUCUGGCAACAGUAAGCAUUGCAGAGUUAAAUACUGAGCUUGCAACACCGUCAUUUUCCCUUCUGGAAACUUCUAAUGAAACCGGUUUCCUGAUUGGCAUUAAUGAAGAGUCAGUGGAAGGCACAGCAGUCUAUUUACCAGGACCUGAUCGUUGCAAAACGAACCCGUGCCUUAAUGGAGGCACCUGUUACCCUACUGAAACUUCCUAUGUAUGUACCUGUGUGCCGGGAUUCAGUGGCGACCAGUGUGAACUUGAUUUUGAUGAAUGUCACUCUAACCCCUGUCGCAAUGGAGCCACAUGCAUUGAUGGUUUUAAUACGUUCAGGUGCCUCUGCCUUCCGAGCUAUGUUGGUGCACUUUGUGAACAAGACACAGAGACGUGUGACUACGGUUGGCACAAAUUCCAAGGGCAGUGCUACAAAUACUUUGCCCAUCGGCGCACAUGGGACGCAGCUGAACGAGAAUGCCGUCUGCAGGGCGCGCAUCUCACAAGCAUCCUGUCUCAUGAAGAACAGAUGUUUGUGAACCGUGUGGGCCAUGAUUAUCAGUGGAUAGGCCUCAAUGACAAGAUGUUUGAACAUGACUUCCGUUGGACCGAUGGCAGCACACUGCAAUAUGAGAACUGGAGGCCCAACCAGCCAGACAGCUUCUUUUCUGCUGGAGAAGAUUGUGUUGUAAUCAUUUGGCAUGAGAACGGCCAAUGGAAUGAUGUUCCCUGCAAUUAUCAUCUCACCUAUACCUGCAAGAAAGGAACAGUUGCCUGCGGCCAGCCUCCUGUUGUAGAAAACGCCAAGACCUUUGGAAAGAUGAAACCUCGUUAUGAAAUCAACUCUCUGAUUAGAUAUCACUGCAAAGAUGGUUUCAUUCAACGCCACCUUCCAACUAUCCGUUGUCUCGGAAAUGGAAGAUGGGCUAUGCCUAAAAUUACCUGCAUGAACCCAUCUGCAUACCAAAGGACUUACUCUAAGAAAUACUUUAAAAAUUCCUCAUCAGCAAAGGACAAUUCAAUAAAUACAUCAAAACAUGAUCACCGUUGGAGCCGGAGGUGGCAGGAGUCCAGGCGCUGAUCCCUAACAUGGCAAACAUGUGUUUUCAUCAUUUCAGCCAAAGUCCUAACUUCCUGUGCCUUUCCUAUCACCUCGAGAAGUAUUAUCAGUUGGUUUGGAUUUUUGGACCACCGUCCAGUCAUUUGGGGUUGCUGUGCUCCCAAAACGUUUCAGAUGAAAGUAUUGGCAUUCAAAAAGAAAGCUAACAAAAUGAAAGAAAAUGAGGGCAGAAAGUAACUGUUUCCAGCCUAUCUAAUUUCUUUAGUUUUCUAUUUGCCUCCAGUGCAGACCAUUUUAUAAUGUAUACCAGCCUACCGUACUAUUUAAAAAGCUCCAUUUCAGCACCAAUGGCAAUGUAAAUAAGAUGAUUUAAUGUUGAUUUUAAUCCUGUAUAUAAAAUAAAAAGUCACACAGAGUUUGGGCAUAUUUAAUGAUGAUUAUGGAGCCUCAGAGGUCUUUAAUCAUUGGUUCGGCUGCUUUUUGUAGUUUGUUUAGGCUGGAAAUGGUUUCACUUGCCCUUUGUCAGCAAGACUGAGGACGGCUUUUCCUGGACAACUAACAAACACAAGGUCUUGUAGGUCACUGCGCCAUGUCAGCCGUAAGUGCAGUUUGCUUCCACGUGACGCUGAAGCCUGGCUGACAGGAUCCCCACAGAACUAGGGACUGCACCGUGGAACUCUUCUUUGCUGCAUUCCUUUUUCUUCACUUACAGGAAAGGCCUGAAUGGAGGACUUUUCUAGGACCAGGAGCAUUUUUUUAGGGGUCAAAGUGCUAAUUAUUAACUCAACCAGGUCUCCUUUUUAAUGGCUUUCGUAACACUAACUUGCAAGAUCACAGAUCAACGCAUUUCAAAUGGAUAUAGACCUAAGGGUUCUGGAGGGUGGGGGAUUGUUAAAACAACUGCACACAUUCAAAGAAAGAAAUUUUGUAUAUAUAACCAUUUUAAUCUUUUAUAAAGUUUUGAAUGUUCAUGUAUGAAUGCUGCAGCUGUGAAGCAUACAUAAAUAAAUGAAGUAAGCCAUACUGAUUUAAUUUAUUGGAUGUUAUUUUCCCCAAAACCUGAAAAUUGACCUAGUAUGCUAGUUAUUUUUCAGUGUUAGCCUUUAUGCUUCCCCCACACCAUUUGGGACCAUAUAAUCUAGGUAUUUUGUCCCUGAUUAAAUAAUGUGAUGGAUAGAACGCAUCCAGUGUUUAUUAUGAGAAGAGUGGAAAAUGUAUAGCUUUCAGCAAAUGGUGUUUGCCCAUUCUAAGCAAGGAGCUACAGAUGGAAUGUGGGUAUUUCUUCCUGUUAGGUGGAGUGUACAUGUUGACAUUUCUCCCUAUCUCUUCCUACUGUGUUUUCUCCCUUUAUUUGAAUAAAGUGACUGCUGAAGAUGAAUUUGAAUCAUUAUCCACUUAAUGUUUAAGGAAAACCCUGUCAUGGAAAGAAGGCAUUUGGGAGUCUUUCCCUAAUUUUAGUUAGAACAACCUUGAGAAGAGCAGACAACAAAUAAAAUGCAAAAAGAGCAGACCCAACAUGGAUUCGUUUUCAUGAAACCUCCUUUGGCUUGGAAGGAACAACAGUAGCUCCCAUCACCCUCAGAGUCUUUCAGCAAGAUCCCUUGGUUGCUGCACUAAGUAUAAUCCACCUCUGAGUGUUCCAGAGCACAGAACAACACUGUGUUGACCUCUUAGGUUUUAAUUUUUCUCCUUCAUUACAAUGCACAUAAUACGUUCCUGUAUUUAUAUUAUAACGUGUAUAGUGUAAAAUGUGAAUGACUGUUGUUCUUUUUUUUUUUUUUUUGUGAAUGAAAAUCUAAAACCUUUGUAACUUUUUAUACCUGCUUUUGUUUCACCAAAGAAACCUAAAGUCCUUCUUUUA